AGAUUUUACAGUCUUUUUUAUAAUUGGUUAACUGAUUUUAAAAUUAUAUCUUUAAAAUAUUUUUCUAGAGAAAUGUAAUUUUCUUAAUCUUUGUGCACUAUUACAAAACAUCAAGUAUUAUGAAACGGAGGGAGUAUUAAUUGAGAGACCCAUAAAAACAAAAAUUCUCAAAUCAAUAUUACUUAUUCUCACACCUCAAGCGGGAACCAAAAAAUGUCGGUUCGAUAACAACUUCUCAUUUUAAUUCACAAAUUUGACUUCCCACGCGGUCAUGCAUGCAUCCAUUCAAUGUACCAAAACUAAAUUCAACCGUGUCGAUUAACUAAGUCAUCUGGGGUGUUCUUGUGAAACAUAAUAUUGUGUGACGGACCUGCUUUACGUACAAAAUCGAAUGGAGAUAGUAGAUUUCUACAAUUUUACAAAGAAGCGAUAAUUUGAGUUCUUUCUAGAGAACCGUAAGAGAUUAGUGUAGGAACAUAACUUAAGGUUAUGUCUGGGCGUUGGGCGUGUGUCCAUGAUUCUCUGCCCAUGAUUAAGAGAUCAAAGUGGUCCGUUAUGUUUAUAAAUGAAUCAUCUUCUCCGAAUUAAGAGCAAAACGAUUACAUUCUGUCUAUUUUUGCGACUUUGGCUUGGUACGACGGUUUAAAUGGUCCAGACCGGAGCUGCCCAGUAAGCGAAACUUAUUAAGCAGUUGAAGUUGACUCUUCACUCUUCGCUCCAUUAUUGCUGGUUCGCACGUGAAUACAACGUUCUCCAUAUGCACGUGGGUCUAUCUAAUUGGUUAUGAUCCUAGAGGAUAGUCAUCCCACGUGGGAUAUCAGCAUGGUGUCAUAUUGUAGGGACAUUUUUUUUUUUCUAAUACUUAUUGUGUACCUCCGUCAAUGAAAUUGAAUAUUAUCCUGUAGGAAUAAAUGAAUUUUGACAAGGAUAUGAGUAUUUGUAUCCUGACAAAGAUAUAUGUAUAACCAUACGUUUAAUUUUCCAUAUAUAUAUAUAUUUAUAAUCGUGGAGAACCCAAAAGUUUUCUAAAUCCAAAAACGAAUUUCACGAGAUCUUACAUCCGGAUACGAGUGAACGAUUAAAUUCAUUUAAAACAUGGCUAAUCAAAUCUUUUAAACUACUACAAAAAUUAUUGUUUAUGAAUUCUUUCAAAUUCUUGGAUUGAAUACCACCCCCUAAGUAGCCAAUGCUAUUUGAAUGCAGGGCAAAAACUCCGGUUGGAAUCUUUUACCAGUUGGCCAAAGUGACUUGAUUUAAUUUUUCAUAUAUGUAUUAUAAAAGUUCGUUUAUGGGUACAUUUAUUUGGAAAAAAUCAAACCAUAAAUUUAUGUAAUUGGAACUAAAACUUACAAUUGCGUGUAUAGUUUGUUUUCAGGUAUUUAAUAUGAUUUGAUUGUGUAUAAAUUUCUCAAAGAACACUGUCAUUUACCAUUAUUAAGAACCCAUUCAAUGAAAAUAUCUUACUAAAGUAAAAAUGUAUAUAUAUAUAUAUACAAAUAUAAUUUUAUAAAGGUUUCGAUAUAAAAUCAUGAAAGGAAUUUUCAGUUUUCAUCAUUCAGUGAAAUAACUAAAUGCUUUUUGUCCAAACAAGGUUAUUGAACACUUGUAUUUUGACCAAAAAAAACACUUGUAUAUUACAAGGGCAGUUGCUCAAAAAAAAAUAUAUAUUACAAGGGCCUAACAAAACCUCAGUCUUAGAAUAUUAGUGGGCUCAAGCCCACUUGACUCAUGCGAUCCACUUUUAACACGUUUAAAUUCGAGAAACCACGAGAAUGUCGAGCUACACGCGUUUUGGCGCGUUGAAACGCAUGGCCGUUUGGUUUUUCCGUUAAAAACUUCCAUCUCCGGUCCGUCUAAACCGGGAAAUAGACACAUUCCGACCGUACACGCUUCAUCACUUCCACUUUUUGUGUCACAGGUGAUUGCGAUUAGAAACAGAUAUUUCGCUACAAAGAUAUUCCCAAAUUAAGAAAGGUAUUGGAGAUGAUAAGUUAGCCACGAGAGAGAUAGAGAGAGAGAGAUUGAAAACAUGUGGCUUGCGUUGUGUAAAGAGACCGAGCACCCGAACAUCAUCUCACUCACGCCACUCUCCUACCACUCGGGCCUAACCAACUAAAACCCGCCACGUCAUCGUAAACUCUUAUUUCCCGUGAGUUAGGGAUCUUUACUUGUAAGGAACCAGACAUGACCGCAGAGUCACACACCAAACCUUUGAGAGUUUUUGUCGCCUCUGAUAUGGAAUCCAUUGUGGGGGCGACACAAACAAAAUAUCUUCUUUUCUUCUUGGUCUUUUAUCAUAAGAUAUUUUCUAGCUUCCCAUCUAUAUAGAAAAAAGAAGAAGAAGAAAGUUUAGAAACUUUUAGAUUUGGGUUGAGCUUGUUUGAUCUUACAAUUUUAAAUUUAGCACUAGAUUUCAGAAGGAAGAAGAAGAAAGAUGGGAGGAAUGAAAGAUGAGGCGAAGAGGAUAACAAUUCAUCCAUUGUUCCAAAGGGUUCAUCUGAAUGAUACUGGAAGAAAUGGCAAAUCAAUGUCUCUCCAUAAACGUUCCAGUCUCCCUUCUCUGACCAACAAGAUCUCUGAUUCUUCUUCUACUCUCUCUCUGUCUCUUCCUCCUCCAGCCGACAAUGCCUGUCUCACUACUGAUCAACCUGAAAAGAAUCACUUUCCAUCAAUCUGCAACACUUCUCCAACAACAAACCUUGAAGAGAAGCUGAAUAAAACCGCCACGAAUUAUCCAAGCCCCAGAGAAUCAUCAGUUACUAAUACUAAGCCAAGUUCAAUAAAACAAAAUGAGUACCAUUUCAAGAGCCUUGCCAACUUGGAUUCUCUUAAGGUUCCUGUUCUUAGACGCUCACAAACAGAUCCACAAGCAGACACAGAUUUGUCAGUACUCCAGUUUUGUAAUAGCGGAGGAGAAGCUGAUGGUUCGAAGGCUGCCCUGAACAAUCUUCAUAUUCCAGAACUCCUCUUGCCACAAUGUUUUGAAGAUGAAAGCCAGAAUGAGUCUCUUAAUGUGAUGAAAACUCAAAAGAAGCCCAAAACUGUGCCUCCGUGCGAGCAAGAUGUCUCAGACUGUUCUGCAAUAGACUCCUUGUCUGGUAUUAGUGCAUCGUCUAAUGAUGCUGCAAGAGUGAUUGGUGAUAAGAGGUUUUGGAAGAUGAGAACUUACAUGAUCAAUCAGCAGAAGAUCUUUGAGGCUCAAGUGUUUGAGUUGCAUAGACUGAUAAUGAUGCAGGUUCAAAAGAUGGUUGCAAGAUCACCAAACUUGGUCCUCAAAAGUAAGUUUAAUGGUGAUACAAUGAGGCUAUCCCCUUCCCAUCUGCCUGAAAUGGCUGCUUCAAAGGUUAAAAAAACAAUCACCAAGAAGCACAAACCUGUAACUGAAGAAUAUCCAGAGCAUAUGAAACCAAAGCUUCCUCUACCUUCAAUAAACAAAGACCUCAUGACCCCAAUGUGGCCACAACAGCUAGUUCCUCCUCCUGGAAACCAAUGGUUAGUUCCUGUAAUGACUCCUUCAGAAGGUUUGGUCUAUAAACCAUACACAGGACCAUCUCCUCCUCCUCCUUCAGCUUUCAUGGUUCCAUUUUAUGGACAAGAUUCACUCAACACAACAUUAGGUUUCCCUGUUACUCAACUUAGCCACAACUACUUCCCACAGCCUAAUGCUAGAACAAGCCUUGACCAGAAAAGCCCAUUUGGUCAGCUUCAAAGAUGGUCCAACACAUCAAGCCACAUGACUCAAGCUGUUCCAUUUUCCUUAAAGAAGUCUCAGGAGUCUAAUGAAAGUGAUGUACAUGGAAGUACAGCUUCAAGUCCACCAGAGAAGCAUAAAUCAGAUGUGCUUCCUCUUUUCCCUACAAAGCCUACUCAUCACACUGAUGAGUACGAGCAGAAACAGAAACCGAUGUGCCGUGCCAUUAGAGCCAUUCCUCAUAAUUCAACAUCUGCCUCUGAAUCUGCUGCAAGAAGCUUCCGUUCCAUUCAGGAAGGACUCAGAUCAUAUGAUUAGUUAGUUUUGUUUUACAUUCCACAUUCUUUUGCUCAAUAUCAUCUAGUUUAGAUUACUCUUCAUAUGAAGAUGUAAAUCAGUACUGUCACUAUAUACUGUCACUAUAUACAUAAGACAUACACACACAUGUUAUAUUGAUAUUGUAUUUGACAUACAGCAAAUAAAAGAUAGAUUGUUUUUGUUCCGUUGAAUAUCAUUCCAGUUUUGAAGGUUAAUUUAUAUUUAUUUCUGGUUAUAAUCUUCUUCACAUAAUUUCAUUUCAUCUUGCUUAUAUUAUUUUACAGUCUACAAGAUUA